CCGUCCACCCGUGAGCCUUGGACCCACUCGGCCACUCCACUCACGCGCCCGGGAUAUUCUGAUUUCUUCCUUUCUUCCUCGUAUUUUGAUGGCAGGCGGGCAUGUCGAUCGACUGGAGUAGUUGAUGCCCCCACGUUCCUGCUGAGUAUGCCUAUGCCGGCUGCCAUAACUAAGCAGCCCGCCUUGCUGCUCCUCCGCUAGCCGUCCGUCUUAUCCAUCUAGCUACACAUCCAGCAGUCGACGAGCUGCUGCGCCGCCAUGGCGCUGCUGCUGCUUCUUCUCUUCACCAUCAGCCAGUUCCUGCUUCCCGCGUCCUGCUCUCCGUCUUCCAAGAACAACAACUACUACUGCGACUGGUGCCCUCGUCACUCCACCGCCUCUCUCCUCCCUCCCGCCUCCGCCGACCUCGACGACUGUGGGUACGGGGCUGCCAUGGCUAUGGACCUCAACGGAGGACACGCCGCCGCCGCGGGCGCCGAGUUCUUCCGCGACGGGGCCGGCUGCGGCGCCUGCUACCAGUUGCGGUGCAGAGACCGGCGGGUUUGCGGCGACGGCGGCGUCAAGGUCGUCGUGACGGGCGCGGCCAACCGGACGGGGUUCCUGCUCGGCAGGGAGGCCUUCGCCGCGAUGGCCAGGCCCGGCAUGGCCGAUCAACUCGCCGCCGCCUUGGACGACGACAAUGUCCAGGUCGACUUCAGGAGGACACCUUGCGAGUACAAGAAGAAUCUGACCGUCCAAGUGGAGGAGGGGAGCCGGAACCCGGGCCAGCUCGGCAUCCGGUUCCUGUACCAGGGUGGGCAGACCGAGAUCGCCGCCGUCGAGAUCGCCGCGCAGCAGGCGAAUUACCACACCCAGACGGCGUCGUCGUCGUGGCGGCCCAUGGCGCGGCGGCUGCGCCGUGCGUGGCGCACCCCGCGCGCCCCGGCCGGCCCGCUGCGGCUCCGCCUCGUCGUCACGGCCGGCUUCGGCGGCAAGUGGCUGUUGGCCAAGGAGGCCGUGCUGCCGGCGGACUGGCGGCCUGGCCAGGCGUACGGCACGGGCCUCCGGGUCACCGACGUCGCCCUGCGCACCUGCGCCCGCUCCUGCCGCGCGCGCCCCCCUGGCGACGAGGAGCUCAGACGGUGACGACACGGCGGCGGUGGCGGUGGCAGGCCACCGAGAUUACCUUGUACAUAUUUUUUAGUUAAUUCUGUUCAUGAUUCGCCGCCAUUUUUUUCGGCCGUCAGCCAAAACAACACAAUGUCAUGGCUCUUGAAGGAGUUGGUUCCUGAAGAAAAUUAGAGAGGAAAACAGAACACCUCUGCCCUGAUCCAAGCUAGGCUGCACGAACAGAGCUAAGGGGGGUUGCUUAGAUGUUAAGCUAAAGUUUAGUCUUUGUCGCA